GGAGGAGGCAGCAGGAGAUACGAGGGCGGUGUGGUUGCGAGGACCGUCGCAACUGCCGCAGCGGCCGAUACCUCUUGCGAGACGCCCGAUCAUUCGACCGGUACCAGACAGGUAUUGGAUGCUCGUGCAGGCGGGUGCCCACAAAAGGAAGCCCAACGGCAUCCUGGGAACCCUAUGCAGGGAGCUCUUCCCUGGGCUGGUGAUGCAUGCCGGGAACCUGGAGCCGGCAUACACGUGGGACCACUACAUCGCCGUCCCAGAUGCAGAAGAUCGGGAAGGGAGGUCCUUCGGCAACAAGGCGAGACGGGUGGUGGGAGAAUUUUGGGAUUUCUUCAGGUGCGAGCCAGGAUAUGAGGCCAUAGCGGCUCAGGUGGCUGACACAGCAUGUCGCAAACUAGUGAAGGACAUGCACUACGAGGCGCGUGUUCAGGCCGUAAUUACCUACUGCGCCGAUGUGGAAAAAAGGAAGGUCGGCAAGGACGUAGCAAGAAAUAUGUUUCUCACGCGGGAACAAUACUUGAGGGUAAAUGACGAAAUCACUACUCAUUUCUUUUGAAUUUCAUUUUCGGAA